UAGGAGCGCGUGUGCGAGUGAGCGAGCGGAGAAAAACUGGCCGGUGUGAGAGAGAGGAGAGAGGCGGCGGAGGGAAGUGGACGAACCGGCUGGCUGCAGCUGUUGGAUAUUUUUCCCACCGUGUCUUCAGAGCGAAAAAAAGGACAGAGAGAGCUUUAAAGCGUAUUCCUAGAUGGCUGCUGUCCACAAGUUAGCAGUCAGAAUCGGUCCAGGGUCGCUGCACGAGAGACCGUAGGGAUGCUUGCACCUCUGCAUGCGUAGUUUCCAGAUUCCUCUGUCGCUGUGGACUUGCCAGUUUGGUUGAGUUUUCCUGAGGAAGGAAGAUUUUUUUUAAACAGAAAAUGACAGAAAUAAGCGAAAAGGAGAACGAACCUCAAAACCGGGACCUUCACCGACCACAGGCUACUGUGCCUAGUCAACAAGAAUCAAAGCUGCAGCGGCUGAAACGCUCCCUCUCCUUCAAAUCGGUCAUACGCAGCAAGAGUGUGGACAACUUUUUCCAGCGCAGCAACGGUGAAUCACAGCCACCUUUAUGCCUAACUGCCACAUUGGCACCACCGGCAUCUCCUCCCCCCAUGUCUGAGUCCCCCCUGGCCUAUGAACACUCUCCCUCUCUCUCUCCAUCUAUCAGUCCUAACCCUUCGUUGUCAUCACACUCCCCGUCUGUCAGUCCUUCAAUAUAUGGGACUUCCAAGAUCCAGCCAAAGUGUCAGGCCCAGCCAGUGCAGCCAGUCAAGACCCACUGUUUCCAGGAGCAUGUCUUCCGUAGGCCUACCAGCUGCCAGCGAUGCAAACAUACAAUCCAAGGAAACUCCAAGCAGGGCCUACGUUGUAAAUCUUGCAAGAUGGCCACCCACCUCUGGUGCUCCUCCGAGCUCUCCCAGCAGCCCUGUAAUGGCAAGACAGGAGCUUUUAAAAGAAACUUCAGCUCUCCUCUUCUUACCAUUGAUCCACUGGGUGUGGUUAGAGAGGCUCCUGCUGCGCAGGAAGCAGAUAAUAGCACUGUUGAUCCUGUGUAUGAGGCCUUGCGCUACGGAAUGACACUGGCUCAGUUGAGUCAAUCCAGCUUCAGCAGUAUCUCAGAAUCACCCUGUCAUGAGGAAGAAAAACUGCAAGACAAACUAGAAAACCAGCCUAUAGCUGAAGAGGAUCACAUCCCAGGAAUGCUCACCCCUCCUGAAAGCGAGAAGGCUGAUUCAGAAGAACGGGUCAGUCUAAAGACUCCAAAACGAGUGGAGGUUCGCUCUAUUCACACCUAUGUGGCGCUCUACAAGUUUCUGCCUCAGGAGAAGAACGAUUUGGAGCUGCAGCCUGGUGACAGAAUUCAAGUGACAGAUGAUUCCAAUGAAGACUGGUGGAAGGGGAAAAGCAGAAACAAGGUGGGAUUUUUUCCGGCCAACUUUGUGCAGCGUAUCCGCCCUGGUGAGAGGGUGUGGAAGGUCACUACUGGUUUCCACGGCAACCGAGACAAAGGCCAGAUGACUGUGAAAGAGUCCCAGAUCUGUAUCGGGAAGAACGAGGAGAUUGACGGCUUCCUCCGGCUGAGCAGCGGGAAGAAGAGGGGCCUGGUUCCUGUGAAGUGUCUGCUAGAAAUAUGACGGUGCUGCUUUCGCCUUGACCCUCAUUUUGUUACAGUGAUGGAGGAAUACUCAGGAGUGUUUAGCCAACACCUCACUGACCACCAACCACCCGCCUCCAUCUCAAAAAUGUGGCAGUGAAAGCAGUGUGAGUGGAAGAUAACUCACAACUUUGCUUUUUACCGCAGUUUAAGACCUAAAGGAUGCAGGGGCUUCCUUGCAAUUAUUUAGAGCUACUUUUCUUGUAGCACAGCUUUCCUUUUUUAUACCCUCACAAAUGAAAUGUAGCAUUAUGUGGAAGAGGAUAAGUGUGCAGGAAGUCUGGCUACCUCAAUAGCCAUCUCCAUUGGCCAUCUGUUUGUGAGAAAGAAGAGAGGACUUUUUAAUUAUGAUGUCGAGGCUUGUCCAAGCCUAAAGAGACAUUGUAAGCAAACUGUCUUAAUGUCAUUGUUUUUGUAGAGGAAACGAGACAUUGUGAAAGUUUGUAGCUGUUUAUUGUGGUGCGUUGUGCAAACACACUGUCUGGCUGUUUGUUUGAAACCCUGUUAAACCGCCUGGAUUUGAUAGAUUUAGCUGAGAAUUUAAACCAUAUUUGGAUGUCCACACUGCAGCUCUAUAUGAGCACAUUUUACAUCAUGAUAUGGAUAUGUGUCACUUCUGCUCCGAGUAGAAAAAGAUUCAGGUAUUACAUAAUAUAUAAAAGUAA